AUGAGUUACAAUUAUCUGUUUAAAAUCGUUGUGGUUGGUGAUCACAAUUGUGGCAAAUCCUGUAUUCUGCUAAGAUUUGCUGAAAAUUCCUUUCGACAUGAUCAUAUCAGCACACUGGGCGUGGAUUUCAAGCUAAAAACUAUCAAAUUGGGACGGGAUCGAAUACGUUUGGAACUCUGGGAUACAGCAGGUAUGGAAAGGUAUCGAACUAUCUAUAAUUCUUAUUAUCAUUCAGCGCAUGGUGUUAUGUGUGUCUAUGAUUUGACUGACGAACGGUCAUUUGAAAAUCUACAAAAUUAUUGGCUUAAGGAAAUCGGAAACCAUGCACCAUCUAAUGCAAUUUUGAUAUUGGUUGGCAACAAGGCCGAUCUGGAAGACCAGAGAAAGGUGGAUUUCGAUCGUGCCGAAAGGUUGGCUAGUCAACUUGGUGUCUCACUCUACGAGGUUAGUGCAAAAACCGGGAUCAACGUUGAGGAUGCGUUCCAAAAUUUGGUUGCCGGCAUGAGAGAUCGGCUAUUGGUGUCCAAUAUGCAUUCGGAUUCCGAAGAAAGUGAUAUGCUCAGUUCAGCUUUCCAUGUUGACGGUGUUUCGUUACCGGACAAAAAAUCGUCAUAUUUACCAUCUUGUUGCUCCUCAGGACCACCGCCAACAUUUGUAUAG